AUGAAAGACUCAAUCUACGAUCGCCUCUGGCGCCGGGAAUGCGGGGAACAGUCGCGGUACGCCGGCCUUCGGGGCAUUUACGGAUCUAAGGAAUGGGUCGAUAAUCUCGACAUUGUGAAUGAACUCGGUGGACACACGGGAUGUGUCAAUGCUCUAAGUUGGUCGAAGUCUGGGCGUCUUUUGGCGUCGGGCUCUGACGAUCACUACCUCAACAUCUACUCCUACCAACCCGAAUCCUCCAAUGCCCCAUUUGCGCUCAACACCACGGUUUUAACCGGUCACAAAGCCAACAUAUUCUCCGUCAAGUUUAUGCCACACUCAAAUGAUAGAACUUUAAUUACCUGCGCCGGCGAUUCGCAGGUGCGCGUCUUCGACAUCGAAUAUUCAAGUGGGAACAGGACUGAUGCUGCCACAUCGGCAUUUGCGGCAUCUACUCGGAACCGACGCUUCAAUGAAUUUUUCAAUGGUGCGCGGUAUUUGAGUGACGGCAAUACCAAUGCCAGAGUUUACCGAAGCCAUGGUGAUCGCGUGAAGCGAAUUGUCACGGAGUCAUCUCCGUUUCUGUUCCUCACUUGUUCUGAAGAUGGUGAGGUCCGCCAAUGGGAUUUACGGCUACCAUCUAGUGCAUACCCUCCCCCGCGCGGCGGCCAGGGCUUCAUGGCACACCGGCCGGGACUAGAACACGAUGACUCCAAUGUGCCACCGCCACUUAUUUCUUACAAGCCAUACAGCCUGGACCUCAAUACCAUUUCCUGCUCGCCAAGCCAGCCACAUUAUAUUGCCUUGGGGGGUGCCCACCUCCACUGCUUUUUGCAUGAUAGGAGAAUGCUAGGCCAGAACAACACCGCUGCAAGGAGUAGUACUACCCCAAGUGCUGGCAGUCUCGCUGAUGAGGAAAUGAGCAAGGCGACACGGUGUGUGCGCAGAUUCGCACCGGGUGGCAAGGAUCGCAUGAAACAUGUUGAUGAUGGACACAUUACUGCAUGUAAAAUCAGCGAUGCAAAUCCAGAUGAGAUGGUUGUCAGUUGGUCUGGAAAUCACAUAUACAGUUUCGAUUUGGUUCGUAGCCCAGAUGCCCGAGAGACCCAGAAUAGCAACAAAUCGACUCUUAAGGGCAAGAAUGGAAAGCCCCGCCGCAGUUCACGGAGCCGGAAGCGCAAGCGUCAGAAACCCACAACGCCCUCAUCGCAGGAAAGUGGUGGCCGCCAUCAAUCUCGGCGGCGCUCGGAACAGCCAGAUACCUUCAGGAUUCAAUAUGAGAAUGGGGAGGCAGAGGAUGUCCCAUUUCCGACGACCUCCGAUGAUGUCCUAGAGACUCCUGAGCAAAUGCUCGAGCAUGCUCGGUAUUCUGUGCUAAAUGAGGCCCAGCGGUUGAGCAUGCAGAUCGCAAAAGGGCUGGUAAAACUUCGAAGGACUCUGUUUUCCCUAGAAACGACAGUUAGGGAGGCGACAGGAUCAGAUGACGUGGAGCCUGAAUCAUAUGCGAGAUGCUUUUCAACCGCCCUGGAACUUGCUUCUACAUAUCUUCCGGAGAUGGACGAAGUCAUGCGCCAGUGGAGCUACCCCAUGAACCCGUCACGGGAUACUGUCGUUUUCCAGCAAUCGCUUCGCCGCAAUCGGCAGUCAUCGUGGAGGUUUGUCCAAGCCGCUGGCACACUUGCUCAUGCAUUGGCGGACCAAACACAAGAUCUAGAAGAUUCGAACUUCCAGAUGAUCAAGCCUGCACCAGGUGAAGAGGGCCCGAUUGACCUAGAAGCUCAGUUUGGGUAUGAAUUUCUCCGAGCGAUUCUUCUCUGGCUCCAAGGUGGAAGGCAGCGUCUUUUGGAAGGGUUCCAACGGCACAAUGCACCUCGAAGAUUACAUGGACGGUUCCCAAUCCCAGAUGAAUCCGGAGAGGAUGCCAUUGAAACUAUUUUAAUUCCCUAUAUUAUGGAGUUGGCGCGUGAGACUCCAAUUGUGAAUGUGGAUGCGUCCAGAUUCGAACAUGAUAGUACGCGGAUCCUGUUCCAGACUCAGCGGGCGGCCGUGACUGCAUUUGGGAACGCCGUGCGAUUGCCAUUGGAAGACUUAGGGGAUUCAGCUGCCACGUUCGACCGGCCUCAUGUUUCUCAUCCGUCCUCGCAAGUACGCUCGCUCGAUCGUGCCUCUGCAAAAAGGUUCUGGAUUCUCCGCGUGGGCAGAGGAAUUUUAAUGGAAGCAGGCAGUGAAGUGAAUUAUACCUUCGUCAACAAUGCUUUCGGCGGGCUAUACACUACAGCAGACGAGUCCGACAGUGACUCAGAGAUCGAGAGAGACCAGGCCGAUAUUGACCCCGAUGUUGAGGAAGAACGAGUCCAACGCAUCGAAUUGGUCAGAACAGGUGGUUCUAUUUCCAGUCAGAAUGAUCCUCGGCCUGGAAGUCCCCAAGGUGGCACAGCCUCUUUGAACAGUCGGAAUAUCACCAUCGAGGAUGAUGACAACGAUGAGAAUCAGGCAGACUCGACCGACGAUGAAGCUGGGAAUGAAGAUGAAGAUGAAGACUCCAAUGGCUGGCCCGCGAACUCAUCCUCGGAUGAAGAUAGCGAGGGAUCUGAUUCUGAUGGAAAUUUGACACGGCAGUAUACCAUGCGAAAGGCACGCCAUAGAAACAUUGAGCGUCAGGCUCCAUGCGUCCCUCAUGUUCGAAGCUAUCGCGGCCACUGCAACGUCAAGACUGUCAAGGAUGUCAAUUACUUUGGAUUGAACGACGAGUACGUGGUUAGCGGCAGUGAUUCUGGUCACAUAUUCAUUUGGGACCGCAAAACAUCCAAUCUGGUCAAUAUUCUCGAAGGCGACAGCGACGUAGUCAACGUUGUUCAAGGCCACCCCUACGAGCCAAUGAUCGCCGCUUCAGGAAUUGACAAUACCAUCAAGAUUUUCUCACCGGACCAGGAUGCCCAGGAGAAUGCGCGCAACGGUGUUAACAUUCUCGACCCAGAAAACCCGUCUAACCUGUUCGGAGCAAGUGUAUCCGGUGUUGGCGGCCUCGAGAGCCGGAAACGAAUCCACGAAAGCUACCGUAUCAUGAGCCAAAAUGACGUUGAGAGUCGUGGCGGUAUGAGCGAGGCACACAUCACUCGGAGUAUGCUCGAGCGCCUGGCUGCCAACCUGAGGGGACGACAAGGCGGCCUUGGGGCUGGAAUUGAGGGUCUCGGUGCUCCGGGGGAACAUGCAACGGUUGUUCUCGAUGAUAAUUGCUCGAUGAUGUGA